CUUCGAUUCGUUAAGAAGGAAAAGGCCGCGGAAUCGUCCUCACCGGAAUCGGCCGAUUUAAAAGAAAAACAAUAAAAGGCGCGAGUGUGCAAUAACGAAUGAUCGAUAAUCCUUAAAGAGGAUUUGAAAAAGGGAAGGGGAUCAUCUAUAUAUCUAUCAAUCUAUCGUGCAAACCGAGGAUCAAAAAUUGUGCUUGUCAGUGUAUUCAGUGCCAUGGGGAUCUAAGAACGACGCCGAGGAAUCCAGACGCAUGACAGAGGAAAGGGCUGGCUCGUCUUUAGAAAGCGAAAAGGCAAUCGGAAAAUGUCGGAGAUCGGUGGGGAUGGUGGUACUGGUGGUGAGAGUGGAAUGGACAAUCUAGCAUUUGCAAUCGAAGAUGAGUGCGCGAAUAGCACAGAACAACACGUUGAGAAAAAUGCCCAUGAACAACAACAAAGCAACAAACAAGUGAACCUAGAACAGGAUUACAGGUCACCGGCUGAUACGAUUGGUUCGCCAACAGAAAAUGGUCAUCGUCGAUCUUUCGUCUCUCAGCAUUAUGUUGAGCCAGUAAGGAGUAGCCCAGAGCCACGUUACAAGUCUGAGACGAAGAUCGAGUUACCACCAACGACUGGUGGACAAACUCCAGAUAAGAAUUCCACGAGCGAGCCGAAGCUCAACGGCGUUCAUGGAAAUGGCAACAACAACGAUGCUAGCUUCCUCAACAGCAGCGCCACAAGCGUCCAGGUCAACGAUAACGGAAAAAAGGAACAGAUCGAAGCAGUGAAUUUAGAAUUGGUCUCCAUGAGGCCCUAUACUGGAAACAAUAUUCAAACGAAGGGUCAGGAAGCAUGCGAGGUACCAGCCGAUCCUUACGAGGAAUACUUUGUUCCUGUUAACGAGCAUCGAAAGUAUAUUAGGGGAGAAAAAUUGUAUGUUACCAAGGAUAAAAGAUCUAGGAGUUCGUAUUGGAGAAGAAUGGCAUGUUGGGGAUGUGGUCUUUUGGUUCUUGCAAUUGCAAUCAUAAUCGCAAUUUUAGCAGCAACUGGUGUGAUUCUCACUCAGGAAGCUACCGAACCUUUGGAUACCAUAGACCAAACUAGUUCUCGUCAAUUCGAUGGUGCUCAAGUGGCUGAAAGUCAAGAAUACAUGAAAAAUCCACCUACAAGUCCACCUCCUGAAACUUCCAGUUUUCCACCAUGGCCUACGACAGACGAAACUUUGUAUCCAACUGUACCGGAUGCUUUAGAUGGUAUAUUGAAGUUAGAUGACUUAGUAUGGAACGAAGAGAUGAGUGAUGUCAAAUCUAGAGUGUACAGAGAAGUUGCAUCUGAGAUAGAGAGGCAUCUUCGAAAUAUAAUUCAAUCUAAUAUGAGAGCUUCACCAGACAUCAGGGUUUAUGAUAUUAAUAAGGAUUCUGAAGUUAGGUUCAGAAUAAAUUAUUCCUUGUGGGCUACACCGAAAGAAACUCAAGAAGGUAUCGAGAAAGCUAUUCAAGAACAUGGCAAUCAGGUUGGAAAAUAUCAUCUUGGUAGAUUGCAAGUAAAAGAACUUAUGGAUCAAUGUCAAGAUCGUAAUUUCGGUUGUGCGGAAAUAUGUAAGUACGAUUAUUCGCAAGGAUUCAUAUGUUCUUGUAUGACUGGAAAAAUAUUAGACAAGAAUGGAAAAGAUUGUUUGGUUGAGAACGAUUUGAGUAACGUGGAUAUGGACGAUACAGUUGUGUCAUCGAGCACGGAAUCAACGAAAGAUUUUGUUGGUAGAAGUCGGGGUCCAGGAAUGUUUUUUGAACCUGGACAUCCCGAUGGUUGGGAUCACUCAGAUUUAAUUACGAAUUCUAUGAAUAAUCAGUCGUCUGUUAAAGCGAAUGUAGAACCUACCGAAAAAUCCAUAAAUCAAAAUGAAGAAAUAUCAGAUAAAAGUAUGAAAAACGAACCAAGUCCUGUAGCAAAACCAACUGUUGAUCCAGAAAUUUCGAGAGCUCAUAAUUCUGAUAUUACUAAUUGGAUGCAUGAAUAUUCUAAGCAUCCUAUAGAAGAACAUUCUGUUAAGCCAGAACCAUCAGCUGAACCAGAGCCAUCUGCAAUACCAGAACUAUCUGCUGAACCAGAACCAUCCACAGGACCUAAAGUGGCUACUGAACCAAAACCAGUUAUUAAAUCAGAACCGUCUGCUGAAUUAGAACCAUCCGCAGAAUCGGAGUCGGCUGCAGAACCGGAGCCAUCUGCUGAACCGGAGCCAUCUGCUGAACCGGAGCCGCCUGCUGAACCGGAACCGCCUGCUGAACCGGAACCAGCUGCUGAACCAGAGCCGGCUGCUGAGCCAGAGCCAUCCGCAGAACCAGAGCCGGCUGCUGAGCCAGAGUCAUCUGCUGAACCAGAGCCUGCUGCUAAACCAGAACCUGUUGCUGAACCAGAACCUGUUGCUGAACCAGAGCCAUCUGCUGAACCAGAGCCAUCUGCUGAACCAGAACCAUCUGUUGAACCAGAGUCAUCUGCUGAACCAGAACUAUCUGUUGAGCCAAAACCAUCCACAGAACCAGAACCAGAGUCAGUUGCUGAAUCAGAACCAUCCGCAGAACCGGAGCCGAGUGCUGAACCAAAAUCGAUUAUUGAACCACAACCAUCUGCUGAGCCAGAACCGUCUGCUGAGCCAGAGCCAGUUGCUGAACCAGAACCAUCUACAGAACCGAAGCCGAGUGCUGAACCAAAAUCGGUUAUUGAACCGGGACCAUUUGCUGAGCCUGAACCAUCUGCUGAGACAGAGUCCUCUGUUGAGCCAGAGCCGUCUGCUGAGCCAGAGCCGUCUGCUGAGCCACAGCCGUCUGUUGAGCCAGAGCCGUCUGUUGAGCCAGAGCCGUCUGCUAAGCCAGAGUCGUCUACUGAGCCAGAACCAUCUGCAGAACCAGGAUCUCCUUUUGAAAUAGGACCCUUUAUCAAAACUGAAUCAACGUCUACUGUAGAACCGUCAGUACAAGCUGAACCUUUAACGGAACCAUCAUUACAAUCUGAGCAUUCUACAGAACAAAUACAUGAAAUUCCUGUGAUACCUGAACAUUUCACAGAAGUAAAUACUUUAACAAAAUUCGAAUCAUCUUCAGAAUAUUCUCUGGAUAAAAAACCAAUAGUAAUGACAACACAAGAAAAUGUAAAUCUUUCUUCAGAAGAACCAAAAACUUCCGUACAUAUAGACACAUCCUCAGAAAAUGUAUUACACUCAAUUGAUGAUGUAGAAUCUACAACAUUAAUAAUGGAUCCAUCGUCGACCAUGGCAUCUACCGAAUCGAAGGAUAUAAAAAAAUCUUCCAUAGAAACUGACGUUGCAAUGGCAACAGAAGUUUCACAAGAAUAUCCACAGUUUUCAGCUGAAAUGGAGCAUACAACAAUACCAGAAAUCAUUGUUGAAACAACUUCAAAAAGUGAAACAACGCCGAAAAUUCUUAUCGAAUCCACUAUUAAAUCAGAAUCUCCGUACGAUUCUGAAUCUCGAAAUUUCAAUACUAAUAUAAAUGAAGAUACCCAUGAAACAAAUAAUGAAGAACCAUUACCAGUAAUACCUUUGCAAACGAACAAUGAAGAACCUACGACAGAAAUUCACAAUGAACGAAUAACAACUAUGUUGUCAGAACACAAUUUAGAAGUAAAAGAACCAUCAGUGAUGACUGAAAGUAUCACAACAUCGCCGAUAACAACGACCACUGUAAAUAAUAAAAAAGAAGAUAAAGAAACUACACUUUCGAUGAAACAAUUCGAAGAUGCAAUUACCGAGAAUGAAAAUGAAGUAACUGAAUUAUCAAUAAACAGUGAUACAGAAAUGUCUGAUACCACACUUCCAACUAUUCAACUUGAAGAAACGACUAUGAAUAUUGAAGUAGAACCAACAAAAACAUCAAAAUCAAAGAGUGAAACAACCAUACCUGUAAUGGACACUACUUCGAGUGAAAUCACCUCGGAGGCACCAAAAUCAAUAUUAGAAACGAACACAGAAUCAAAUCAAGUUCUAUUGAGAAAUAUUGAUUCUUCUGGAAUCGAAGUAGCAUCUAAUUUAACAGAUCAAUUAGAAGAGUCAUUUUUGAAUAAAAAUCAUUCUAUCGAAUCAUUGGAUAUACCAGAAUCCAAUGUGCAAGAUAUAAAUGAGUCAAACGUUAUUGAACAUGCACCAAAAUCAAUAUUUUCAAGUUUACCUAAAGAAUUUAGUCAAAACGUAGAACCAUUAUUGGAAUCAGUGAAUAAUCAAACUGAUGAAGAACAAGUAAUACCAUUACCUAAAGAAGAAAAUAAGAAAUAUGAACAAGAUACUCAUGCAAUCAUUCCUCAAUUGAUUCCUGAACAGAUAACACAUUUUACUACAAGACCAGAAGAAUCAACGAUCAAUCAAGAAAAUAUUUUACAAGCUAGCAAUCAGCCUGUUGAAAGAAAAAACUUAACGAUCGAUACAAUCUUAGACCGAUCUACCGAACAUCCUGAAGAGAAUGCAGUUUCUAUUGGCGAAACGAUCGAGCAUUCGACCAGUCAUCCUUUACAUCCUGCAAUAUUCCCUGAAAACGCAGCGAAUCAUUAUGUGGAAAAAAUGGAUCCCAAUGAAGAAAGACAUCUUGAAGAUAUGUCACCUUUCUUACCAGACGUUCAAAAGGAAAAGGAAACGUCAAAAAAAGCACCAAGAUUAGAUAAAGACGAGCAAGAUGUCCCUAAUCCUUUCGAGACUCAUGUUGAAGACGUUAUUAUAAAUAAACCUGAAAGAAAGGAUGGCAAAACUGAACUAAUGUAUCCUACAAAUAAGAACGAAAGUGAAGAAGUCUUGACUGAUCUCGAUAAUGACAAUAUCAAUAUGAAAGCAGAUGGUAAAGAUAUUUCAAUGAUACCUAAAACAAUUAACGAAACUGGGACUGAAAUGGAGGAUCCAUUGCAACAAAAUGAACUUUUGGGAGAAUCCGAAAGUGAAAGAUUGAAAGAGACUUUGAACGAUACUCGAACGUUUGUGACCAAUGAUUUGUCUGAUGAUACAACGACGAAUGACACUUUUGACGGGAAAAGUAUGAAAGAUGAACAGGAUGAUGAGAUACUUAGGGUAGUACCAUUGGAUGAGUAUAAGGACACGAAAAAUAUGGAAUAUGAAUUGGAUAAAGUAGAGAGUACUACGGAAGCUGCACAAAUCACUACAAUGAUGUUCAUUGAAGAAAAUGGUAGAUCUAUGGACGAUUUAAUUGUUAAUAAUAAUGUUGCUAGUAGUUCGGAAAAACCAGAAGAAAAUGCGGAAGAGGAUCAGUACAAUGAUAUCAACGAUGAAACGUUAUCCAAGACUUUCAAUCGUAAUAAAAACAUUAAAAUCACUGAUAAUGAAUCGAAAAAAUUAAUUAUUAAUAAUAUCGAUGAACAACAAGAAAAGACUAAAUCAACUUUAGACUCUGAAGAAUCUCAAAGUACGACGGAAAAAAUGUUAUCAACGGAAACAGAAAUUCCAUCGAGUAUGUCUUCUAUUUCUAUGGAGAAACAUAUUGAAGAUGCUAAGAUUACAACGCAGGUACCAGUUUUACCUAUGGAAAUACAACAGGAACUUUCUACGACAGAAUUAACAGAUAAAAUAGAAGCAACUACGAUUGCUGAUGACAAUUCGUUGUCAGAUAAUCAUACUGACAGGUCUAAUAUUGUUCAUGAUGAUACAGAUAAAGAAUCUGUCACUAUGAUUCCAUCUACUAUUGCACCAAUGUAUUCACUGGAGACUAAAACAACUGCACAAGUACCAAUUUUACCAGAGGAAUUGCAAACAACUGAACACGAAUUCUCGGUAACGACUUCUUCGAUGAGGCCAGAAAUUAUCAAAGAAAUUAAUGAUACAAGGCAUGACGUUAACAGGACAGCAACUACCAUGAUUUCAAUAGAAUAUAUUAAUAACAUUUCGGCAACUACAGCUAGUUCUACGAUGGCUGUAGAAGUUGAUAAUACAACAAAUGUUAUAACAAAAACAGACAACACAAAUUUGACUGAAACAAUGUCCACUGAACAUGAUAAUAUUCAACAUACUAUUCUAAAUGAGCAACCGGAUAAAAUGUUCAAUUUGAUGACGAUUCUUGAAAAUACAACAAACUAUCCAAAACCAGAAACAACUUUCACGAUUGCCAACGAAGAUUAUACAGCAAUGGCAACUGAAAUCAAUACUGCUAAAGAACCAGAUCCAAUUACUACAAAUGAUGAUAUAAGGCCAGUUACUGAAGAAAUUCUAGACGAUACUAGACCAUACAAUUUUGACUUCAGAUCAUUUUUCUCAACAACGACUAUGAGAGAUGUUAUUUUCAACGAAGAUUCGAGAGAAUUAUCUGAAGAAGAACUGAAAGUAAUACCGUUAGAAAAAAGUCAAGAGAUUAAGAAAAAAUCUAUCGAUAAAAAGAAUUCAGAUAAAUAUAAGUACAAAAAGGAGAAGGAACUCAAUCUAGAAGAUCAAAGAACAGAAAAUGUUACAACUGAGAUCAAUGAUACAACGAUUUUCAUUCCUACUGAAAUUCCAAGGAUUCUCGUCGAAUCAAAUGAAAAUAUUACUACAGAAAACACAUCUAACAAAAGUACAGAGUCGGCUAUUCCAAAAUUCAUUUUAUCUGAUACAGAAGGUAAUAUUGUGCCAAUACCAAAAUUGAAAAUUGUUGAAAUCUUGUCUACAUCAAAUCAAUCUGAAGAAGAAAAACCUCACGAAGAAAAUACUACUAUAACUAGUUUAAUAAGAAAUAAUACAGAAGUGGAAACAAAUAACAAAUAUCCUAACUACAUACCCGUGUCUGAAGAGAUCAUAGAAUCUGACCCAGUAACAGAGCCUUUCAUACUCAUUCGAAAUUACACUUUGCAUCAAACGACUCCAUUGAUUCCAAUCAUGGAAGUUGAACAAGCUACGACUCAAAGUAACAUUCCUAUCGAACGUGACAAUACUUUGAAUAAAUCAAACGUAACGAUUAUUCCAAGCAACAGCCAAGAAGAUAACAAUUUAACAGUCAACGCAUUGAACCUUUUAACAUUAAGUACUAUGAGCUACUCCAAAUGUAGUACAGGCCAGUUUCAAUGUACCAAUGGGACUUCCAGAGCUGGUGCUUAUUGCGUCAGCUUAUCCGAAAAAUGUGACUCCCAUAAGGAUUGUUCUGAUGGCUCUGAUGAACUCAAUUGUCAAGAAGAAGGAUGUCCUGGAAACUUUCAGUGUGCCAAUCGUCAGUGUCUUAAGAGACACCUUGUAUGUAACGGAAUCGUAGAUUGCGACGACGGUAGUGAUGAAUUGAAUUGUCAAAAUUGGAAGUGCAUAUUCGACGAAUAUCGCUGCACCAAUGGACGAUGUAUACCACUGUUAUGGCUAUGCGAUGGUAGACCGGAUUGCGAAAAUCAUCAAGACGAGUUUAACUGUGCUGAAAGUUGCGGCAAUGAUGAAUACUUAUGUCCUACUGAUAAACGAUGUAUUCCACAAACAUGGCGAUGUAAUGGAUCACCCGAUUGCGCUAAUGGAGAAGACGAAAAACUCUGUGAUUGUGCUUUGAAUCAAUUCAAAUGUCAUACUGGUGGAUGUGUCUCUAAAGAAGAAGUUUGCGACGGUAUCGAACAUUGUCCUGAUCGUUCCGAUGAAUGGGAAUGCAUAUCUAGCAAUUUGCUCGAUCAAAGAAAUCAUACUGAAACUGAUCUGAAAGAAAACGAAGGAAAUAACUCGACGAAUCAACUGAAUCAUCGAGAUUCUCUUUUAAAAAUAAGGCAAUUUGAUGGUAAAUAUCGACUAGUAUGUUCGGAUGGUUGGAGCAAAGAGUUCAGUGACUCAUACUGUCGUUCUCUCGGCUAUGCUUCAUCCCAAACAACUGAUUUUAAAGCAUGGAAUAAAAGCGAUCAAAUCGUAAGACUGAAAACUAAUCCAAAUCAUCGCAACCCGCUAGUCAGUAAUCUUCAGCGAGUAGAGUUCUGUGUCUCGGAAAAAGUCGUUGAAGUUACGUGCGAAGAAUUUUCUUGCGAUAAGCAUCACGUUGAUAGAACUACUGCAAAACCAGAAGGUGAAACUCCAAUUGGUGUUAUGCAAUGGCCUUCUGUAGUGAUUUUGAAAGAAGAGGAACAUGGUAUAGCUUGCACAGCUAGCAUAUUAGGACCUAUGCAUGCUUUGACCAGUUAUUCUUGUGUCUACAAAUACAAACAAAGCGACGGAUGGCAAUUGUUCACAGACGAAAAAUUGCUAAGAAGUAAUUCUAUAAAGACUAUCAUUCCACAUCCACAAGUGAAAUAUAAUCAAUUCUUCUACGACAAUGAUAUUGCUUUGAUUGAACUCAAAGAACCUUUGAUUUUCUCGAAAAAUGUUUCUGCCGUUUGCCUACCAACUCAUUCUAUCAAACCAAAUGAUGUCUGUGUUAGCGUAGGAUGGAGGUUCCCAGUUAACGGAGAACUAGACUUACAACAAUAUGAUGAAUUCUUGCCAAUGCCAAUGUAUGAUUCUGACGAAUGUAAUACAACAAGCCAUUACGCAGGAUUUAUAACGAAAUAUAAUAUAUGCGUUGGUUUGUCUAAUAUGGAUAAAGAGCUUUGUUAUAAUGACAAAGGAGCACCCCUAAUUUGUGCCAAUGAAUCAGGAAAUUGGAAUAUUCAAGGUUUACUCAGUCACCAUAGCAAAUGUUCAAGAGGACAUCCUGCAAUUUAUUCUAGUUUGGAGCCUGCUUUAGAUUGGUUACGACACUUAGUUCCAGCUUUGCAAACAUAAAUUUAAACAACUUGUAAGAUACGGACACUUUGAAAGUAUACGAGUAAUUCAAAGUUCAUCGUGAUCUUGAUCAUACAUUGAUCAAUGUUGAAAGAAAAAAAAACAAUUACUCUGAUUUCAGCGAGUAUUUGCUUAGCAAACACUUACAAAAGUACUUACUCCUUAAAUAUUCACGGCAUACAAAUGUUUUUUCUUCUUUUUUUACCAUUGGAAUUUAUUUGUUGUACUUCUUUUAUAAAUCAUGUUCCUAUUUAUACUACAAAGUAUGCUCCUAGUAUUGAAUGGCCAUGAAAUCAUUUCUUUUACAAUGAAAAGCGUGCACAUGCAACAUCUACACUAAAAAUUUACAUUGGUGAUUAUAUAAAUACAUACUAUAUAUAUAUAUAUAUAUAUAUAUAUACACGAGCAGAAGACAUGUAGAUCACAAAAUCAUACUUUGUUUAACAUUAAGGAAAACAAUAUGUAAAUACUGUAUAAAGUAAUUGUUUAAUAUGGUUAACGCGGUAAUAGAUUUUUUGCAAGUUAGCAAAUUAGGUCUCUUUAAGUAUUAUACUCUUACGAACACAAGCUGCAAGUUAUACUCGAAAAAUAUAUAAAAGUUAUAUUAUGUUUGGACCAAAGUAAAUGCAAUAAGUAUGAUUAUGCAUACGAAAGUAUUGUUUGUUAAAUCUUUCUAGAUUGUACGAAGAAUCUUACAAUUACUAGAAAUCGAAAAAUAAAAUAAACAUUUAACGGAAGAGACCAACGGUUAUAACAUAAAAUGAUCGAUUUAUAUUCGAUCAAUGAUUUGUCUCAAUAAUUCUUGUGAAGUAUUCCUGAAACGAAUGAUGGAUAAGAUUAAACGAUAGAUAGAGUAAAUGUAUAUAUGAUUAUUGUAAUAAAAUACAUUGUUAUUGAUACACUAAUAAUGAAAUAUUAAUUAAUAAUGUACAAUUUCAUUUAUGUUCUAUGAUAAAUACUAUAAUGAAAAAGUUUCAUUUAUGCGUAGGCAUAAAUAAAUUCGUAAGUAUUUUUAUAUUUUAAGCCAUGGAUAAUAAAUAAAAAUAUAUAUAUAUA